UGAAAGAGUGCCGAGGACUUGUGUUGUCUAGGCGGUGUUGGACGGGGCCAGGGGAAACAUGGAAAGACACCGGUGUGAUGUCUACCGUCGAGGUGUGGCCGUGUAAAUUUCAUGGGUGCAGCGUGAUAGAGUACGCGAAUGACGUAGAUUCAGUGCGCGAUUUUGAAGGAAUUGACUUGAGCCGAUACAGCACCAGUGCUAAUGAGAUGUUACCAGUCAUACCAGCUUUCUUAGUGGACUGGCAUGAACUGUCGUGUGCCUCUUGCAGCUUACGUCCUGGUUUGGUUUUGUGCUUCCGUAACGCCACAUCACAGAUGUCGACAAAAGAUAUCAUAAUCUGCAAUCUUGAACGGGGAAAAAGCAAGGCUGACGUCGGGGAUCGAGUACCCAAGGUUAUUGGAGAGCUCUAAGUUCUUCCCAGGAGUAGCAAGCCAGCUCGUCUAGGCUAGCCUCUGGCAACCUAUAAAGAAGGAGCUCUAAAUGGUUGAACUAAGCAGCUUCAGCCCCGGCUGGCUCAAGUAGCCCUCCGUUCUGGGCGGAUGGGCUACCAAGCCCACCUCUCUUCAUGGAUGGAGUAACAAGCCCUCUGCCGUGGAUGGUUGAACUAUCAGGCCCUCCGCCUCCUAGCUGGAUGAAGUAACAAGCCCUUCUCCCUGAAUGGUUGAAGUAUAAAGCUCUCCGCCUUGGGUGGUUGAAGUAACAAGCCCUUCUCGCUGGAUGGUUGAACUAUCAGGUCCUAGCCUCGACUGGAUGAAGCAACAAGCCCUUUUCCCUGAAUGGUUGAACUAUCAAGCCCUCCACCCUGGGUGGAUGAAGUAACAAGCCCUUCUCACUGGAUGGUUGAACUGUCAGGCCCUCCGCCUCGGCUGGAUGAAGUAACAAGCCAUUCUCCCUGAAUGGUUGAACUAUCGACCUCUCCGCCUUGGGUGGAUGAAGUAACAAGCCCUUCUCACUGGAUGGUUGAACUAUCAGGUCCUACGCCUCCACUGGAUGAAGUAACAAGCCCUUCUCCCUGAAUGGCUGAACUAUCAAGCCCUCCUCCUUGGGUGGAUGAAUUAACAAGACCUUCUUCCUGGAUGGUUGAACUAUCAGGUCCAACGCCUCGGCUGGAUGAAGUAACGAGCCCUUCUUCCUGAAUGGUUGAGCUCUCAAGCCCUACGCCUCGGCUGGAUGAAGUAACAAGCCCUUCUCCCAGUAUGGUUGAACUACCAAUUUCUUGGCCCUGCAUAGAUGAAGUAACAAGACCUCUGAAUUGGGUGGUUCCACUAGCAAGAAUUUUACAGUGUAACUGAUGCGCACAAGGCGGCCUCUCCGACUGCGACAAACCUGACAAGAUUGCCCAUACCUCCGAUGCAUUCCUGAAAGUUUGCAGCACCUUAUACGUCCAAUGUAAUGUUCUGGACAGCACAUAAUCUUGGGGCAGUUAAUGGGCCUCACAUAGCUUCAUCUUGAUAGCUUCAAGUUCGAAAGUGAAUCUGGAACAUUUUUCGAAGACUUCCUUCUACAAAUAUCCAUCGUGAUAUUGUAUGUGUUCUUCGUGAACCCACAGGACAAUUGCACUUUUUGGUGUUAGUAGCCCAGAAAACAAACAAACAGAAAGGAAUUUCUUUUAUGGGCCGCGCGAGUCGUCUUAAAGUGAACUUGCACUGGCCCAGAAGAGGUUUUCAAAUCCCUGCUUGGGAUUCCAGGCCAUUACUCCAAAGUGAUGACUAGCAGCUUACUUCUCCUCAGAACAACGAAUAUAUUUAACAAGAACGACGUCAAGCCAUCAUAAUGUUUGCGCCUCCGCUGAUUUUGGCGGCGCAGGAAAGUACACCAUGACCUGUACGAGGGCGCGCUGAAAAGUAAUCGGCCCGGUCUAAUUCCAGAUAUGUAUACGAGCGCGAUCUCCUCAUCAUAGAUAUUGUAUUGAACAUAGAAGUAAAAUGCAAGCGAGCUGGUGUAUACUUUGCAUUGGCAACAUGUCCCUGUUCAGUGCAAUAUGCCGUGUACAACAUGCCUUGCCAAUACAAUACAUGCCUUGUCUUGUGCUGUUCGUUUUUGUGUUUAGUCUUUUGU